GCAUAUGUUUAGUCCAUGCCAAGACUGAUCUUGAAAAACAAUGAAGCUUUUGAUCGUGGUCGCCAUUUUCUUCUAUGCAUGUACUGCCGAUCCAACAACCUACGAUGUCGGCAUUGGAAUCGCUGACAUCACUGGACCUGCAGCUGAGAUAAAUACGAUGGGAUACGCCAGUCCCUCACCGCUGACUUCCGGAAUCCACACACGUCUGUAUUCGAGAGCGUUCGUGAUCGACGAUAGCAACAACCGCGUUGUCUUUGUUAGUGCCGAUGUUUGUAUGAUCGACCAAGCCGUCAAAACCGAGGUCGUGAAGCGACUAGAGGCCAAGUACAAAGACACGUAUUCGGCCAAGAACGUUGUCAUCAGUGGAACGCACACGCAUUCGGGACCGGGUGGCUAUCUCCAAUAUGUACUUUUAAUCAUUACCAGUAAAGGAUGGGUCCAACAAUCUUUCGAUGCGCUGGUGGAUGGUAUUUUUCUGAGCAUUGAUCGCGCCCACGAUAAUACGAAACCAGCCAAUAUUUAUUAUGCGAAAGAUACGCUAAUCGAUGCAAACAUCAACCGCAGCCCUUCUUCAUAUCUCAAUAAUCCAGCACAUGAAAGAGCCAAGUACACUUACAACACGGACAAGGAUAUGGUCCAGCUCAAAUUCGUUUCGCUCGAAGGCGAGCCACUUGGAGUAAUCAACUGGUACGCUGUCCAUCUCACCAGUAUGAAUAAAACCAAUCAAUACAUUUCAUCAGACAACAAGGGCUACGCUGGAUUGCUGUUCGAAGGGGCUGUCAAUGGAGCUGAAAUCAUGCCGGGCAAAGGUCCAUUUGUGGCAGCGUUCGCCAGUUCUAAUCUUGGAGAUGUGUCACCAAAUACGAUGGGAGCCAGGUGCAUUGAUACCGGAUUUCCAUGUGAUUUCGUAAGCUCAACAUGCAAUAACCGAUCGCAGCUAUGCAUCGCCUUCGGACCCGGAAAAGAUAUGGUCGACAGUACCCGAAUUAUUGGAGAAAAACAGUUCCAGAAAGCUUGGAGUAUGUAUGACAAAGAUAAUUCGGAGCUAGAACCGCUUGAAGGUCCCGUUCAAUUUGCACAUCAAUAUGUCAAUAUGACCAAUUAUACCGUCCAGAUCGAAGAUGCUGUUAAUGGGCCAACCACUGUGCAAUUAUGCACCCCAGCUUUAGGCUAUGCGUUCGCAGCUGGGUGCGUUGAUGGUGCUGGAGCGUUCGACUUUACGCAAGGCACGACUUCCGGUAACGAUUUUUGGAACCUCGUCGCUACGGCGUUGGUUGAGCCAAGUGAAGAGGUUAAAAAAUGCCACGCUCCCAAACCUGUUUUACUUUCCACCGGAGAGUUAAGCUGGCCGUACGCUUGGCAUCCAAGCAUUGCAGAAACGCAGCUGUUGCGGAUUGGACAACUGAUGAUCGCUGCCGUUCCGGGUGAAUUCACUACUAUGGCGGGAAGACGUCUUCGUGAAGCUCUAAAUUCUGAAGCCAUUAACAACGGUGGUCCGUCUAAUAUAAAAACAGUUAUUGCUGGACUUUCAAAUGUGUACACGCAUUACAUCACCACUUUCGAAGAAUAUCAGAUGCAACGGUACGAAGCCGGAUCAGUCCUUUACGGGCCACAUACUUUGUCCGCUCACCUGGAUCAAUAUAAGAAAUUGACGCGAAGCAUUUUCAUGAAUGAAGACUUGGAAAGUGGGCCAGUACCGCCCUUUUUAGUGGAAUCCCAGAUCUCUCUCGUCCCUGGCGUCGUUUUUGACAGGCCGGCGUUUGGGCACAAAUUCGGUGAUUGCAUCGUUCAACCCUAUCCGUUCGUUCGGCCAAAUGAGACUGUGACCGCGACAUUCGUGGCCGGACAUCCACGCAAUAAUCUGAUGACUGAAAAUACGUUUAUGAACGUAGAGGCCAAACAGGAAGACGAUUCAUGGAAAGUCAUCCGAACUGACGCUCAUUUCGAUACAUUCUUCUUUUGGGAAAAAACGUCAGGUGUUGGACAAAGCGAAGCUCACCUACGCUGGAUUGUGCCAGCCGACACUCCAGAAGGCGAAUAUCGCAUCUCGCAUUUUGGUCAUUAUAAAAACAUAGACGCUAGCAUUGUUCCUUACAGCGGCACCACCCAAUCCUUUAUGGUUGGAGCUGAGUAAAACUACAUUUUCCCCACAAACCUUCUGCUUUGUACCGUAUGGCAAUAUACAUAAUCAUCCCGUUAAAA